UGCAAAAAUGGCGGGAUCAUUUUUGUGACGAAAAAUUCUAUUCGUGUCAUCAAUUUUUUUUCUCUCUCGAUUUUCUAAUGAAUUUUUUUGUUUUGUUUUCGAUAAUUAAUUGAUUGAUAAAUAUGGGAAUACAAGGAUUAUUACCGUUGAUGAAAGGUGCAGAGAUAAAUAUUUCACUUUCCAAACUUCAAGAUACGGUUGCUGCUAUCGAUACAAAUGGUUGGAUACAUCGUGCUUGUUAUAGUUGUGCUGAUCGUAUAUUUAUGGGUGAACCGACUGAAAUGUUUAUCUAUUAUUGUUUGAAUUUUUGUAAAAUUUUACAAAAACAUCGUAUAACACCUAUACUUGUUUUUGAUGGACAAAGUUUACCGGCAAAAUCCGAUACAAAAUUAGCUCGACAAAAACGUAAACAAGAAAAACGUGAAGAAAUUCAACAAUUAUUACGUACUGGUCGUGAACGUGAAGCUCGUUGGCUUAUGCGACAAUGUGUUGAUGUUACAUUUGAAAUGUGUCGUCAAGUGAUUGAAUGUUGUCGUAAAGAAAAUAUUGAUUGUUUAGUUGCACCAUUUGAAGCUGAUGCACAAAUUACUUAUUUGGUUAAUAAUAAUCUGGCUGAUUAUGCAAUCACUGAAGAUUCAGAUUUAUUAGCAUUUGGUUGUAAACGUGCAUUAUAUAAAUUAGAUCGUGAAACGGAACGUGGUCGAAUGGUUGAUAUAAGUCGUUUGGAUAGAUGUUUUAAAAAUUUAGAUUGGAAAAAAUUUCAAUUAAUGUGUAUUCUAUCCGGUUGUGAUUAUAUUUCCAAUAUACCGGGUGUUGGAAUUGGACGUGCACGAAAAUUUUUCGAAACACUUUGUGAAAAUCCAACCGUAGAAAAUAUUCCGAAAAUAUUGGAAAAAUUACCGAUUGUUUUGAAAAUGCAAAACAAAAUCCACGUUACAAAAGAUUAUAUUGAAGAUUUUAUUCGUGCAUCGAAUACAUUUGAUUAUCAAAUUGUUUAUUCACCACAAUUCGAUCGAUUAGUUUAUUUAAAUCCAUUGCCGAAAAAUGUUGAUCCAAAAGAAUUUGCUAAUUAUGGUGGACAUUUUUUUCCUAAUGGCAAUGAUCAAUUAGAAAAUAAUUUAAAAUUUGUUACCAAUUAUGUAUUGGGAAAUGUUUGUCCGAAAACUUUGACUAUAUUGGAUUUAUUCACACCUUACGAUGAUAAUUCGACUAUUUGGUAUUCAUCGGUAUUUAAUGAACGUAUCAAAUCACAUAUCUCAUCCAAUCAUCCUAAUCGUAAAUUGAUCACCGAACAAAAUAAUGAAGAAAAAUUGAUCUCAAUUGAUGAAAAUGCAACCUUGAAAGUAGAAUUGAAAAACAACAAAAAGCAAAUUGAUAUUAUUGAAAUUAUUGACGAUAAACCUGAACCAAAAACCGAAACAAAACCAAAAACUAUUGAAACAACAUAUCAACGUCGUCAAUUAAGCCGAAAUGUAUUUCGUAAACGAACUUUUAUCGAUGAUGGUAUUAUAAAGAAAUCUAAAUAUUUUUCAGACGAUCAAAAUGGUGAUAAUGAUUCAGACACUGAUCUUCCAGAGACAAAAAAAUCUCGUCAAGAAUCUAUUGAAGAAUUGAAUCAAUCAUUUUCAUCGAUUGAAGAAGAAGAUAUUCAAGCAUUGAAAUUGUUGAAUAAUUCUCAAAUUGAUGAAUCUAUUGCAAUACGUCAAUCAUCUCAACGUUCCUAUUCAUUAUCAUCAACACAAACAUCACAAUCAACAUCAAGAUCUGAUUCUCCCGCCGGAUCACCAAUUCCAUCAUCAGUAGAUAUUUUGUUCAACAAUUCAAUGACCAAAUCGAAUAAAUGUACAGUAUCGAAAAAACGUAACAGUCGUAAAUCAUCAUCAUUAUCAACGAAAAAUACUGCCAAUGAUAUUCGUAAAUUUUUUUCAAAAAUUCCCUAGUGAUUCAAUAUCUAUUUAUAACAAAAUAUUAUUUCAUUUCAUUUUU